AUGAGUUCAACGCCAGCAGGAGCCAGUGGCACCACUAAUACGAUAUUCAAACCCAAUAGUACGGUAUACGCGUAUCAUGGACCAUUAAUAUAUGAAUCAAAAGUAUUAAAAGUAUAUGAUUUCAAACAAGAUAAAAUCAUCAAUCAUGAGUUCAAACGAGAGCAAUUUAAAGAGAAUCUUAAAUUCAAUCGUGAGUUGUUUAAGGUGAAUCAACAGGAUGGUUAUUUCUUACACUAUCAAGGAUGGAAUUCAAAAUGGGAUGAAUGGGUUAAUAGUGAUAGAAUCUUAGAGUUCAAUGAUAUGAAUAAGUUUAAGAAGACUGAGUUGGAUCAGUUGAAUAAGAAGAAGAAAGUGAGUAAUGUGGUGAUUAAUGGAGGUGUGAGUACUGGUAUUAGUACUGGUAAUAAUAAUAAUAAUAAUGGAAGUUCAAGUGGAAGUAAGAGGAAAGAAGGUAGUGAAGGUUUAACUGGUAGUAAUGGGAAUAGUAAUGGAUCAAAUAGUAAGAAGCAAAAGACAUCAACUCCUGCUAAUGUUAAGAAUAAAGGUAAUCCUACUAUUCAACUUGAUUUCAAUAUUAAAUUGAAAUAUAUAUUGAUAAAUGAUUGGGAAUUCAUUACCAAGGAUAAAAAGAUACUAGAUUUACCCAGUAAAGCACCUAUACUGAAGAUACUUCAAGAUUAUAAAUCAUUCCGUGAACCAUCACUUGAUUCUCAUCAACAACAAAUACUAUCAGAGAUUUUAUUGGGAUUAGAAUUAUAUUUUAAUAAAUCAUUAAGUUUAAUUUUACUUUAUAAAUAUGAGAAUUUACAAUAUUUGAAUUUCUUAAAGCAAGAUUUAAUAUCCAAGGAUAAGAUUCAACUGAAAGUAUAUGGCUAUGAACAUUUAUUAAGAUUAUUGAUAUCGUUACCUGGUUUAAUCAGUGAAUCUUUGAUUGAUACUAUAAGUCUAAAUGUAUUAAUUGAUGAAUUGAAUGAGUUAUUAAAGUUUUUAACGAAUAAUAUGAAUGAUUAUAUUAAUGAAUAUAAUAAUACCAGUCCUCAAUAUGAUAGUUUAGCUAGAAGUUAA